CGAACCACAGAGCGGCACAAAGUUGAAGUGACGCGAACUGCGUGUUUGGGUGAAAAUUCCGGCUUCUCCGUAAAAACGAUCAAUUUUGCAUAAUUUUCGCAAGUUUUUGAUGCAAAAACAUUAAACAUUUCUAGUGCUCUAUAAUAGGAACAUUCAUUGUGUGCCAUAUAUUGAAAGUUUUUCGAAUAUCGGGGACAAAAGUGAUUUUAAAGUGCGGUGAUUCUGUGGCCCGACCAAUCCAAAAUGGCGCCCACGGCGGAGGAUGAAAUGACACUGAAUUUAGAGUACUGGCCGGACGAGCUGAGUCCUGCCCAGAAGGCGGCUUACGAAAAAGCUGAGAAAGAGCAUAACGACAUCCGGAACAAGCUGAAGGACCUUGUUAAAGAAGCGGGUGGUAAGAAUAUUUUCUCGGGUGAAGUGUUUACGGCCUAUCAGGUGCUGGGACCGGUGCCCGGCUUGGAGCAGAUUUCAAAGCCGAUAACAUCCUUAAAGAAGAAGCAGCCGCCCCCGCCUCCCCCACCUUCCAGUUCGAAGCGAAGUGCAUCGCCGGUGCUGGAGAGUGGAAAGCGAAAAAGUCGCCGGUCGGAAUACCGAGCGGAUGAUGAUAACGAUGGAGGAGAUUUCGCUCCGGACGAUGAUGAUGAAGAGUACAUUCCACUGUCCAAGCGACUGGAGAUGAAGAAAAGGGAGAAGGCAGCGAAGGAGGCUGCUGCCAAGGAAGCGGCCAAGAAGAAAGAUGACAAGAAAUACUACAAUAAGAAAGAGGAUGCCAAAACUCCGAGAAAGCCGGACAAGCCUCAGAGCAUCACGGCCAGCAAUGUUCGGCCGACGGAAUCCACUUCGAUCGGAGGGCUGCUCAUUGGAGGCGAUAAGGAGAAGAAGAAGGUUACUGCCGAACCGACGGCAAUUGUCGAUCUCACAAAGGAUGACAGCGGUAAACCGGCUGCUGACUCGAGGGAAGUGUCCUUCAGUAAGAUCCAAGGCAAAACAUUCCCUUCGCUGGUGGUCAUUGCAAGGCCAUCGCUGCGAUCAUCGGACAAAGCCCCGGCCGACCGGCCUCAGCUCGAUGCCAAGGUCAAGAAUGUCCUCAUGCACACGGCCACCAAGUUCACCGAGUGGCUCAUCCAGCAGGGUUUGGUCAAAUCGGAACAGUACUGCCAGGUCCAUCGGGGUACGCCUCUGAAGUUGGGAAUGUACUCGGAUGCUUCGAAGUUCCCCUAUUCUGGAGGAUACGUGUGGAUCAGCGAAUGCUGCCCCACUAGAUUUAUCUCCGUCUUCAACGGAUCGACAUUCGAGGGAUCGCCACAUCCGCCGUCGGUUAUUCUGAAAUUGAUCUACCACUGGAGCUGUCAGACCAAUGUUUCCAACGUGGUCAACUGGGUCAAGGUGGACAACCUGUACGUGAAGGGUCUGUACACCUGGCUGCGGUCAGUUUGUACGGUGGCGCUUUGUCAGCACAUGAAACUGAUGGGUGGCGUGGGAAAGAAGAUCGAAGUCGGAGUCAUAUCGCUGGGCACAACCACGCAGGACGGCCAGCAGCGGCAAGUCAAGGUUGAAGUUCUUGGCGUACUGGAUCCAGAAGCCAAGUUGGUUCGCUUGCGAGCCGUCGAACCGCUGAGCGAUGGCGAACGAAACUACAAGAAACGUUUCUCGAAGAUUCUGGAACCGCUGGCCGGCUGGGUGCACAAAGACAGUAUUAUCCUAACGGAUCUGACCGUCGACAAGGGCACCCUGAACAACAUGGGCUACAAGAGCGUACAACAAGUAUCCCCCUCGGAUGCCAACAACAAAAACAGCAAUGCCAACAUCAUGGACUACCUGCGCCGGAUUGUGCCACGGAUGUUCCAGAAUACGCUUUCGCUGCUGUCGCGGCAGAUCAUUCAGCAGUUCCUGAACGAGCUGGUGUGGCGCGAAACGUACGGAAACUCCCCGGGACAGACGUUCGACAACAUUGUGGCGCACAUUUCCGAGCAGACGAAAAUCGAAACCAAGGAUAAUCUGGUGACACGAUUGAAUAAGGCCGCAGCAGAUCCAUUUAAACACUGGAGUUAUCAGAUCGAGACGAUCAACACGCCCAAGCCGAUGGGCGCUAAGCGAGGACGGAAGCCGAGGGAACCAUCGCCCCCGCCUGCAGCUCCAGAAGCACCGAAAAAGAUUCUGUUGAAAAAGUUGAAGAAAGAAGAGGAGAAAGCAGCCAGCAGCUCGUCCUAUCUGAGCACCCUCUAUGGGCCACCGAAGAAAGCUCGUGCUCCCCCUCCGGAGGAAAAGGAAGAACUGGCUCCAUUGGAGCCCUACUACUAUGGUCAAUUCGAGCCACCAGCCGAUGAGGUGAAGGAAGGUGCUGAGCCCAUAGAGUUCAGCGUAACGUGCCCGGAGUGUCCGACUACGCUGCGCAACAAUGCCGACUUCCAGGAUCAUCUGUUCCGCCAUGCCAAUCCCGUUCCGGAGGGACACAUGCAGUGUCGCUACUGUCUGGAGAACUGGGCCACCGAGGAAGCCCUGAAGAAGCAUACGGUGCUCAUCCAUUCGCUGGAGACGAAGAACUCCGUGGCGUCGACCUUCAAUUGUUUGAUUUGCGAGCAACGCUUCGGAACAACGCAAAUGUUGUCGGCUCACAUGCAGAAAAACCAUCUGCACCUGGAGUUGCCGUACAAGUGCGCCGGCUGCGACUACAAGAGUUCCUCGCAUCAUCUGACCAUCGAUCAUUUCUACCAGAAGCACAACAACUCCGGUCUGAUCCAGUGUCCGUUCUGUUUGAAGAUGACCCUGGUUUGCAACGCCGAUGGGCCGAUUGCCGAGAACGUGAGCGACUUCAUGAAGCACCUGAAGUUGCACUUCAACAAGGCGCUGACGAAGAAGUGCAACAAGUGCGCAUUGACUUUCAUCACACGUGGCUCGCUGAAGAUGCACGGGUUGUUUGGGCAUGUCAUCACCAAGCCGGCUUCUGCUGUAAAAUCGAUCACCAAAUCGGUGACCAAUAUUCCUAAGCCGAAGUACAAGGCAGUUGUCCAGAAGGAGUUGGCCACGUUCAAAACACUGGAGUCGUUCGGCAGCAUGGAGCUGAACAUGCCGUGUGGUAAGAUUUGUCUGGAGUGCGACAACGAUUUUGAUGAGGAUAAUCACAUCAUUGGUCUGCUGAAGUGCAUCAAGUGCACCUACACAACAGCCUGUCUGCCGGCGAUGGUUGGCCACACGGCUUCGUGCAAUCCGAAUGCCAUCUCAGACUAUGCCGUAUCCCAGCUAGAGCUCGAGAUGCACUGCAUCUGUGGGUUCUCGUCGUCGGAUGGUAACGCUCUUGCCCGCCAUUUGGUCACUUGCGACCGCAAGAGCGUUUACGCAACGGUUGAAGCUUGCCAGGAGAACACCGUUAAGCGCAACAUGUUGGACAUGCUUGGUCUGGUUCGUCGAGAGGAUGAAGGUGCCGAAGAUGGAGCCGAACCGGCGCCAUCCGGUUCCGGACAGACUGCGGAAGAAGAGGAAGCGCCAGCCGAGCAACAACCACCAACUGAUGCAGGCAGCACAUCGAUUGCAUACGAUCCUUCACAGUCGUUGUACAAUAUUGCCGCUACCGGCAACGAACAGUUCAAUACUCAACUGUCGUUGGACGAUUUGGGACCACCGUCUGUGUUGGCCCAGCAGGAGACUGAUCGUACUCCGCAGUUGAAGGACGAUUAUCAGUCGUUGGCUACUCCGAGGGUUCCCAGCAUGGACACCGAUCAAGGUGAAUACGAUCAGCAGGAGGGCGGAUAUUGAGCAUGAUUACUUGCAUAAUUAGGUACGUAGAGUUUUGAUUGCUUACGAAUUGAACACAUAACACAGAUUUAUUGCACAUUAUAUAAGACAUAUAUCGGCAGCGAUAAUUGAGAAUAUUUUAUGCUUUCAUAUUACAUACAUAUAUCCAUAAUGGUGAAACCACUGUACUAUCUCCUAAUACAGUAUAUUCUACUCAUGAAAAUGUCAAAA